AUGGCUGAGUAUCUCGCCUCAAUUUUCGGUACCGAAAAAGAUAAAGUUAACUGUUCCUUUUACUUCAAAAUUGGAGCUUGCCGUCACGGUGAUAGGUGCUCACGUAUUCACAAUAAGCCGACAUUCAGUCAGACAUGUUUGCUCCAAAAUCUUUAUGUUAAUCCACAAAAUUCAGCAAAAAGUGCCGAUGGAUCACAUUUGGUUGCCAACGUGAGUGAUGAAGAAAUGCAAGAGCAUUAUGAUAAUUUUUUCGAGGAUGUAUUUGUCGAGUGCGAAGAUAAGUAUGGAGAAAUCGAAGAAAUGAAUGUAUGUGAUAAUCUGGGUGAUCACUUGGUUGGUAAUGUUUAUAUUAAAUUCCGGCGUGAAGAGGAUGCUGAAAAAGCUGUAAGUAAUUUAAACAACCGGUGGUUUGGAGGCCGACCCGUUUACGCAGAAUUAUCUCCAGUUACUGAUUUUCGAGAGGCCUGCUGCCGUCAAUAUGAAAUGGGCGAAUGCACCAGGUCAGGGUUCUGCAAUUUCAUGCACUUGAAACCGAUUUCACGAGAACUGAGACGAUACUUAUACAGUCGCAGGAAAGGUGGAAAAGGUCGAUCGCGAUCACGUUCAAAAUCACGAGGUCGGGAGCGAAAACGGAGGUCACGAUCGCGAGAGCGACGAUCACGAUCGAAGGAAAGACGCAAAGGAGGCAGGGAUGAAAAGGGAAGAGAUGGACGUUCUGGGAGAUAUUAA